AUGGAAGCCAUCAGGAAUUUGAAGCAAACGGGAAAAGACGCUGUUCAAUUCUUCUUCCGUGAGGGUUCUUUUGCUUUCCGAACUUCUCUCGUAGGUGAUUACGCCAACAUAGACGUGGAGGUCCUACGGAGCAUGGACCCUAACGAGUUCUGGCUCCUGCAUCGAGAUGUGAGCACGCUCGCCACGUUCAUGUCCAUCCUCUGCACUGUGCCGGCGAGCACCUCGGCAGCUGCUGCGCUCUUUGACAAAAUACCGAGAAGCAUGCGAGUUACUGCCGCCUGUACGAGGAUCGCACGCUACUUCUCUUUCAGGCCGGAUAUCAACCCGUUCCUUCGCCGUGGUGUGAUGCGCUAG